CAUUUUUUGAGACGACGGAAACCUUUUGAAAUUUCCAGCAAAAUAGGAAAAUCACGCAGGAUGGAGCGCAAAAUGGCGCACAACUUGUCCCGCGGGGAGCAGCGCAGCAGUGAUGUGGAACCGGGUCAGGUGAAGACCUUCGAGGAACUGCGUCUAUCGCGAAACCUAAUGAGGGGCUUGAAGCGCCACAAUUUUGUGACGCCAACGAAGAUUCAGGCGGCUGCCAUUCCGAUGGCACUGAGUAAUAUGGAUUUGCUGGUCCAGUCGAAGAGCGGAACUGGCAAGACGCUGAUCUACGUUAUAGCCGCCAUGCAGGGCUAUCAUGAGAGAAUGUCGCGUCCUCAUGCCUUGAUUGUGGUCCCAACUCGAGAGCUGGCCAUCCAGGUGGAGGAUACGUUCUUCUAUCUCUGCGAGUUCUAUAGGGACUUCAAGCCCUCGUCGUUUAUCGGUGGCACCGAUGUGGCCACAGAUCGCCGGAGGAUCAAGAAGAGUCGCAUAAUCAUUGGAACCCCCGGACGUCUAUUGCACCUCUAUCAAAAUCGUGUGCUGGAUGUCUCCAAACUGGGGCUCCUCGUUCUCGACGAGGCCGAUCAGUUGUAUCAGACGAAGAGCCUGCAGGACACAGUCAGUCAAAUCAUAGAGGUUCUGCCCAAAAACCGUCAGAUAAUCGCCUGCAGUGCCACCUACGAUCAGGAUUUGGACGAGCGUCUGGCCAAGAUCAUGAACAAGCCAAUGCUGAUCUCGAAUUCCGAAAGGGCCACGGUGCUUCUGGGCAUCCGUCAGUUUGUCUACGAGCUGCCGCCGCAAAACAAUAGUGCCGAGGAGAUGCGCCUUAAACUGCAGAUUUUAUCCCAGAUUUUCAACCAACUGCCCUACGAACAGGCCGUCCUCUUUGCCAGCUCGCAAAUGCGAGCGGAUUCGUACAAGAACUACCUGACAGCCAGCGGUGUGGAGUGCCAUCUGAUCUCGGGAGCCAUGGAACAAUCCGAGCGCUUGAAUGUCUUCGAGGGCUAUAGAAACUUCACCAUGCGCACUCUGGUGGCCACCGAUUUGAUGGCACGCGGCGUGGACUCGCCACAUGCCAAUCUGGUUAUUAAUCUCGAUCCACCCAGCGACCAUGUGACCUAUCUGCAUCGCAUUGGCCGAGCUGGUAGAUUUGGUUCAAAAGGCAUAGCCAUCACUUUUAUUGCCUCCCAAAGGAGAGCCAAGAAAUUCAAGCAAAUGUCCCAAAAGGUCGCCACGGCUUGGUCGGUUCUGGAGUUUCCCAAAGAACCCAUGCCCAAGGAUUUCAAUUUCUGGGAUUUCGACAAGUACAAUUUUGGGUAUUUCAUCAAGGAGGACAAUCCGCUACAGGAAAUGCCUGCGAAGCGCCCAAAAGAUAAUCCCAACAAGGAGGAAUUGGGCAAAGAUCUGGAUAAAUCUGAUGUUACUUCAGAAAAAGUGCCAAAGGCCUUAGAAAAUCUUCAAAAGGAAGAGGGUGAUGUAAAGGAGAUUAAUGAAUUGAAAAUCGAAUGCGAAGACAUCUCAAACAAGGAAAAGCUGGACUUGGAAAACGUACCAAGUACCUCGCACAAAAACAAAACUCCCAAUAUUAAGGAACUAAAACAAGUCGAGGAGGACAUUUUGAAGAAAGCUUGCUCCAAAGGAUCAGAAAAAUCCGUAAAAGGCAAAGAUACUAGUAAAACCAUAAGUCCAUCCAAAUUAUUUGCAGAUGCUUUAUCGCAGAUUGAGAAGCAAACAACAGAAAAAGUUGAAAUGCCGCAAACGCCAAUAAUCAAGGUGAAUGAAUAUUAUAUAGACAACUACAUUGAAGAGGGCAUUAAGCCAACAGACGACAAAGAGAAUCAACCUGAUAACGGAACGAGCUCUCAACUGCAGACGAAGAAUAUCCUAAACCCCGAGGAGAUACUUUCCCCGGAACUGACUCCAACCCUGACGCAGGAACCAUCGCCCACAACUGUGACGCCACCGGCACCGCCAGUCAACUCGAUUAACAACAAGACCUACUGCCUGGCUGCCCCCACACAGACCAGCUCGAUGACCAUCCAAAAUAUGGUCAUAUCAAACACGGUGGACGAUGCCAGCAGCAUUAGUUCGGAUAGCUUGGGAUGUGGCUAUCACAGUGACAAGUCCUACGACACCUUCUACACAACCAGUGAUGAGGAGCUAAUUUGGGAACGAUUGGAGACUAAAAAGAAGCGUCUGCUGAAGAGAAGCAAGGUAAAGCGUCGUCAGCUUCUGUACAAAAAACCACUUCCGGAACAAAAUGUUAACUUGAAGGCCAAACGUAAAUAUAAACUAAAGAAACCUGAGCAGCACACCAAUUUAUCACUUUUGCCUGGUACAAAUCUGAAUCUUAUGCUCAAGAAAGCCAAAAAUCGCGAACGAAUUUUGCAAAUGCUAUACGACUAUAGCAAGAAAUACAAUAUGGAUAAUGCAAAGGUGGCCAUCUUGCUGGAUAAUUUCUAUGACACCGUGCUCGAGCUGUACUAUGAUGAUAUUAAGGAGCAAAAGAAGCAAGUAUUGGAGUCCCUUAAGGAUGACUUGGUGUCCCUUGGACGUGGUCCCAGUCACGAGUCUUUGGUAUCACAGAAACCGGGGACGCAGAACAAGCUGAGUGUUCAUGUGACCCAUAAUAUGGACAUUCCACCUGUGCCACAAGCGGACAAUGAAGACGGCUCUGAAAGCGAGUCCGAAUCGGAGGACUACGACGAUGGCGAAGAGGUCUAUAUUGACGAUGAGGACGAUUUGAGUGACGAACACAAUUCCUCGAGUGGUUUUGUCGAGAGCAACGAGAGUGCUUCAUCCGGGAUUGAUACCUCGGUUUACGAAACGGAUUCAACAAGCACAUCGAACGAUGAAUCACCAUCCCUUCUCUCAGAGGUUGAAUCUCGUAGUGACCACACUUAUCAAUUUGAUUCCUCCGACGAAGAGGAUGAAUCCGGAGAUGAGGAGGAGGUGGAAGAGGAGGAGGAAGCUCUAAGCAACGUCAGCUUGGCUGGAUCAAGCUCUCUGGGAUCUGCGGGAGUGCAAAGCGCCGUUGAGCCUUCGGUGGAGGACUCAGAUGAUGAUUCGGAUGGGGAGUCAGAAGAUGAUUCGGUCACUGUGACUGAGUUCAAACCCGUGCAGAGCGUCUCGAACAAUGCCCAAACUCUUUGGCAUCAGACUUUUAACAUGCAGUAUCAAUUCAUUGCAUCCCAUGUGGCCAACUACAUGCGAAACUAUAACUAAAUUGCUAUGGAAGCAAGACUAGUCGAAACUCAGGCAUUAUAAAUAUAUCUAAACACUUUAUUCACGAACAAUACGGAUCAGUUCCAAGAGGCUGUAUCAGUCUCUCUCUCUUUUUACAUCUUUAUAUCUUAGCCCGUUGAAACUUUUUUUUUCAUUUGAAUACUCAAUAUCAAAAUAGUUGAUACCAUGUUAUGGACUUUGGAAAACGCACGAUGAAUGUUUUGUAUGCAA